AUGCUCUCCCCCGCCAUGUCUUCCUCUCAAAAGUCCGACCUGCGUGCCUUUAUCCGCGCGACCAGGCUCAGCUCGGAUGACCUCAUCUACUUCCCCCCCAAUGACUCACAGCUUGCUCUACCCCUCCCCACGAGCAAGUCCGCUACAUUCUCCCGGUCCACCUCUGCCCCACUGCGCCCGGGUCAACCCAUCCGUCGGACCUCCUCAUUCGCCAACCUCCUUAACAUGCUUCGCCGCCCAUCCCUCUCUUACACUGCCGACACGGUCUCCACUCGGGCGGGUCCCUCUCUUGACCUGGAGGAGCCGGCCAGCCCUAGGCGAUACCAGCCGUACCGUCCUGGCGACGUGGUGGACAUCCCGCAGCGGUCAACAAGCUUGUCCUGGCUCCCGCCAGACGAGCCUCUGGUGGCCGUGAGUAAGAGCCGUGCGGCCCAGGUCAUCAAUGCCAAGGAGGUCAGCCCUCUCGAGCUGGAAGUAGCUGCAGAGCUACAGGAGACUUUCCGGGAGUGGGAAGAGAGGUUCGGCUUGGGAAGGGAGGAGGGGCAGGCCUCGCCACUGCAGCACACUUCCCCUACCAUUGUCACUUCUCCACCCUCCCCCAACUAUCCACAACUCCUUACCCCUGGCCCCAUCACCUACGAUUCCCUUAGCCCCCUCCGCUCGCAGUUCUCUUGCGACUCGGAUGACGACGAGCGGUCCGCCGUCCUCGAGGUCGUACGCUCCAGGGACGCCAGGCAACAAUCCUCCCCUGGUAGCAUCGGGCGUCUUACUCGCAAGAUGAGCAGCGCAAUCGCGCUUAGCCUCGCGCAGAAGACUCCGUUGAUGAAGCGAAUCGCAUUGGGGCAGAGGCGAGACACCAGUCCGGUCUAG